ACCGAAGAAAGUAAAGUUUCGUUUCCCUUCACAUGGGGCUUAUUUUGGGUAGCUUCUGCAACAGUGCGUCAAAGACAUGUUCAGCAAGUAGUUGGGAGGUUACAUCGCAUGGGCUACAUCGCAAGCGCGCGCUGGCGAGCUAGUCCUCACGCAGUUUAUAGCUGCCCCAUAGGAAGACUCAAAAGUUCUACUCUGUUUCACUGGAUCUGUGCAGCGCGCACUUGCAUGAACGGCCAUUAGAUGGCAGACGCAGCUGCAGAACAUAAUGUAUAUCGCGAGGCGGAGAUUGCUGGAGCACCUGCCAAUGGAAAUGUCGAAGGUCCCGCAGCACCUGAAGCCGCAGGCAACAUCCAAGAACAGGUGGAAGAAUUCCUGGGCCCUCAUCCAGACUAUGAUGAAGAAGAGGAGGAGAGGAAGUACUACAGACGGAAGCGGCUGGGUGUGGUGAAGAAUGUGGUGGGAGCCAGUGUAGCUGGCAUGAUUGUCUACAGUGUUUAUUUGGGCCUGCUGCAGAUGCAGUUGAUUCUGCAUUAUGACGAGACCUACAGAGAGGUGAAGUAUGGCACUCUGGGCCUGGAGGACAUCGAUAACAAGAUGCUGAUGGGUAUUAAUGUCACCCCUAUCAUUGGCCUGCUGUACACCCCCGUGCUCAUCAGAUUUCUGGGCACCAAGUGGAUGAUGUUUCUGGCGUCUGGUAUCUAUGCUCUAUUCGUCUCAACCAAUUACUGGGAGCGAUACUAUACCUUGGUGCCGGCGGCGGUGGCCAUUGGCGCCGCUAUUGUCCCCCUUUGGGCUUCUCUGGGAAACUACAUCACCAGGAUGGCUCAGCAGUACUAUGAGUACAACAAUUAUAAGGAAGACCAUGUUCAGGAGCAGAAGAAAGCACCCAAAGGGGCCUUCCUCAAAUACAUUGUCAUCUUCCAGUCUGUGUUCUACAUCAUCUUUCAUCUCGCCUUUGUUUUUGCGGAGUUUCCCAUGAUCUUCUUCCUUGAUAGGUUUCUGAACGAGGCCUCGCACGUUCUAUAUAACGUGAACACCUGUGGUGCAAACAGCCAGGGCAUCAUCACAGGACUGAACAAGACGGUGUUGCAAAGUCUGCCUCAGUCUUUGACGCUCAUUGAGGUGGAGAGUGUCUUAAUGGGGGCAGCCUUUAUGGCCAUGAUCAUUUUUCUGGUGCUGUGUGGAGCUGCGUACCGCCCCACAGAGGAGAUUGACCUCCGCAGCAUUGGCUGGGGCAACAUCUUCCAGUUGCCCUUCAAGCACCUCCGGGACUACCGCCUGCGCCUGCUCAUCCCCUUCUUUGUGUACUCCGGGUUCGAGGUGCUUUUCGCCGUUAAUGGGAUCAUAAUGUCCUACGGCGUGUGCUCCGUGGGCCUGAAGAAGCUGUGGCUGCUGGUGGUGGUGUACGGCCUGUCGUCGUCCGUCUUCUCGGCGCUGUCCCUCUGCCUGCUGCGGGUGCCGCGCCAGGUCACGCUGCUGGGCGGCGCCGUCCUGCACCUGUGCGUGAUCGUGGGCCUCAUGUGCUGGUCACCCGUACCGCUGAAGGGCCCCAAGCCCCUGCCGUCCGACCCAAUGCCCGUGCUCCUGGUGCUGACUGCCUUGUGGGGUCUAGGCACAGCACUCAACAAGACCAGCCUCAGCUCCUUGCUGGGGAUGCUGUAUGAAGACAAGGAGAGGCUGGAUUUUGUCUUCACCAUCUACCACUGGUUUCAAGCUAUAGCCAUCUUCAUUGUCUACUUGUGGUCAAACCUGGCCAUGCGAGCGAAGCUGGCCAUCCUCCUCAUCACUCUGCUCCUGGCGAUGUUCUGCUACUGGCGGAUGGAGCGGCAGCUGGCCAGGAGGGUGCCCUUCCGGCUGCCCCGCAUCCCCCGGCCGCGGCACAAGGUGAAGGGCUACCGCUACCUGGAGGAGGAGAACUCGGACGAGUCGGACUCGGAGCAGAGCGAGGACGGGGAGCAUUCGCAGGGCGAGGAGGACGGCCGCGGCACGGAGGAAGACGAGGUAGCCGAGGGGGACGGGGACGGGGACGCCGCAUCACUGGGCUCCCAGCGCUCGCCGGGGCCACACGGCCGUCGCCGAAACCGCCGCCGCCGGGACGACGCCUACGAACAGGCAGGGGGCAGGGACGAGUACGCCUAGUGCACAUGAGCGGAGGGAAGCAGGAAAGGCAGCGGGUGAGGGGAUGGGAGGGAGGAGGUGACUCAAGGAGCACACACACACACACACACACACACACACACACACGCACACGCGCAGAGUAAGAAAUCAUCAGUGAGGAAACCAGGUGACCAAGUCAGAGACCAAGGUCUUCACAUGUUUCUAUCAUCACAAUGGAAGGAUGGGGGCUGUCGAAGGUCUUUAAAAGUAGACAGGCGGUUGAGAGUUGCAAAGGAGAAGUGAAGAAAGUAUUUCUUUGGAACAGGAAGCGUAAAAGAAGAAGUCACAUUCAACACAGGUGCUUUCAGUUGGCUGUUUCCAUAGCAAUAUUGGAACCUCAUGUCAAUCUCUGAACGCUGGUCAGAUAUUCCUGUUCCGCUUUCACUGACUUUCAGAAACGUGUACAAAAUAUGUGCACUUUUAGAAUGCUUUUCUAAACGGUUCGUUUAAUUCUAUUCAUGAUUUAUAUUCUUUAUAUUUGUGUGCGUUUUCAAAUUGUGCUUCUUUAAAAAUCUGUAUAUUUUUUGAUUCAGUCAUUUCAACGGUACAUGUUUUUUUUUCUGAAUGAAACACAUUCUUGAAUAAAAAAAUCAAUUUACAAACGUCA